AUGAUGGAAAGAAUAAGAAAAGAGAUGAUUCUGAUGGAGAGAGGGCUCCAUAGCCCUACUGCUGGCAAGAGGUUCUCCAAUUUGUCCGAUUCGUCUGGCAGUGCUGUGCUCGAGGCCCUGGAAAAUUCGCAGCACCCGGCUCGCCUCAGUCCGCGCCUGCCGUCCGCCCCGCUGCACGGUGCUCUGGGAGACCUCCCCGCCAAGGGCAAAUUCGAAAUAGACACUUUGUUCAACCUGCAGCACCCGAGCAGCGAAAGCACCGUCUCCUCCGAAAUCGCCUCCGCCACCGAGAGCCGCAAGAAGCCUAGUCAUUACUCAGAGGCGGCCGCUGAGGCCGACAUGAGCAGCGACGUGGAGGUGGGCUGCUCCGCACUGCGCUCCCCCAGCGGCCUGGGCGCCGCGCAGCUCAAGGAAAACAAUGCCAAAGGGUACGCGGAGAGCGGCUCCGUCGCGGGCACCACGACGUCGGCCACCGGCUCCGGCCUUGGCAGUCUGCAUGGAGGCGGCGGCGGCAAUAGCGGGGGUGCGGCGUUGGGCGGCUCUGGCUCUGGUUCCGGCGCCGAUCAGGUGCGGAGAUACCGUACGGCAUUCACCCGCGAACAGAUCGCGCGCCUGGAGAAGGAGUUCUACAGGGAGAACUAUGUGUCUCGGCCCCGCCGGUGCGAGCUGGCCGCUGCACUCAACCUGCCCGAAACCACCAUCAAGGUGUGGUUCCAGAACCGGCGCAUGAAGGACAAGCGGCAGCGCCUGGCCAUGUCGUGGCCUCAUCCAGCGGAUCCCAGCUUCUACACCUACAUGAUGACGCACGCGGCGGCCACCGGAAGCCUACCCUACCCUUUCCACUCGCACGUGCCGCUGCACUACUACCCGCACGUGGGCGUCACGGCGGCUGCAGCAGCGGCCGCAGCCUCGGGAGCGGCGGCGGCGGCGUCUUCGCCCUUCGCCACAUCCAUCCGUCCUCUGGACACCUUCCGUGCGCUCUCACAUCCCUACUCGCGGCCGGAAUUGCUCUGCAGCUUCCGCCACCCCGGGCUCUACCAGGCGCCGGCCGCCGCCGCGGGCCUCAACAGCGCGGCGUCGGCUGCUGCAGCGGCGGCGGCGGCAGCGGCGGCGGCCUCCUCGGCGGCGGCGGCCGGGGCGCCCCGCGGUGGCUCGGCGCCCUGUUCGUGCCUCAGUUGUCACAGCAGCCAGUCUGCAGCCGCGGCCGCCGCCGGCGCCGCAGCGCUGGGCUCCGGGGGCGGCGGUGGCAGCGGCGGUGGCGGCGGGGGAGCCGGGACGGCGGGUGGCUCGGACUUCGGCUGCAGCGCCGCGGCGCCGCGCUCCGAAAGCGGCUUCUUGCCCUAUUCGGCCGCGGUGCUCAGCAAGACCGCGGUCAGCCCGCCGGACCAGAGGGACGAAGCGCCGCUCACCAGAUAA